GAUCUGUUACUAAACGCCACAGGGGCGUGGCUCUGAUUACCAGCGUGCUCGUGUCUCGUAUGUUAUGACACCGCUUUCCAGAGGAAACAAGUCAAAAUCGUACCGAUGUCUUUCUACCGAAACACAGUUUGGUUCCUGAAGGGUCUACAGGAAUAUACGAAGGGCGGUUAUGAGGCAGCAGAAAGGCGCUUCAGCGCGGCGGAUCUGGAGGUGAGUGUGAGCGGCCGCUCGUUUAUCAUCACCGGAGCGAACAGCGGCAUCGGUAAAGCCGCCGCCUGCGAAAUCGCAAAGAGAGGUGGGACAGUACAUCUGGUGUGCAGAAAUAAAGAUCGUGCGGAGGAGGCAAGAAAAGAGAUCGUGGAGCAAAGUAAAAAUGAGAAUGUCCAUAUUCACCUAGUUGACAUGUCCAGCCCCAGGAGAGUGUGGGAGUUUGCCAAUGGAUUCUCUCAGAAACACAAUCUACAUGCUUUGAUCAAUAAUGCGGGUUGCAUGGUCAAUCAGAGAGAACUGACUGAGGAUGGUCUGGAGAAAAACUUUGCGACAAACACACUUGGGACUUAUAUACUGACGACAGCACUGAUUCCCACACUGAAGAAGUCAGAGAAUCCCAGAGUGAUCACUGUGUCAUCUGGUGGGAUGCUGGUUCAGAAGUUGAAUGUGGAGGAUCUUCAGUUUGAGAAAGAUUCUUUUGACGGCACUAUGGCUUAUGCACAGAACAAGAGGCAACAAGUGAUCAUGACAGAGCAAUGGGCAGCUCAGCACAAAGAAAUCCACUUCUCAUCCAUGCACCCCGGCUGGGCAGACACCCCAGCGGUACGGUCAUCCAUGCCAGAUUUCUAUGAGAAAAUGAAGAAUAAACUCCGUACUGAAGCUCAGGGAGCUGACACAGUGGUGUGGCUGGCCAUAUCAGAUGCUGCCAGCAGACAGCCCAGUGGCCUCUUCUUCCAAGACAGAAAAGCGGUUUCUACGCAUCUGCCGCUGGCCUUCUCCAGGUCUUCUCCAGCUGAAGACCAGAAGCUGAUGAGCACACUGGAGGAGUUUGCUGUGAAAUUCAAGUGUUAAUCGGUGGAGUUAAUGGCCAAAUCAUUCCUCACAGAGACUGUGAUAUUCAUUCUAAAUAAUGGUGAGAAUUGCAGAGAUGUGAGAAGCUCAUGAUUUCUAUACCACAAAGAUUAACCAAAAUGAGCUAAAAUGUAUAUUUGAAAUAUGUCAAACUUAUGGUCCAUUCUUCUGAACAAAUACACUCCUAAUUAUUUUUUAUUAUAUUAGUUCGAGGCAAGCAACUAAUACACCCACUUCUGUUUUUGGAA